CACCAAAUCAAGAACGAGUGUGGAUAAAACGUGUUCUCCACCCUCCAAUCAAAAUCUCUCCAUUUCCACUUUAAGAUUUCCCAUCCAAUCAGAACCUCCAAUUUCAACCCAUCUUGUACCAAACCGGGUUGACCCGACCCAAACUCACCUUUUCAAUCAUAUUCCCAACGAUCUCCUUCUCCCACAUCGCACCCCCAUCCCUCUCUGUCUCUCUGCUUGCUCAAUUCCUGAUCUGGGAGAAGCAGCGAGAUUGAGAUUUGGAGUUUCCAUGGCGGUCUCGAGUGCCUUCGUUGCUUGCCCAAAGCUCGAGACUUUACUCAAUCACCAUAAGCUCGAGACACCGUUGGGUCGUGCUCUUCCCAGUAACAACAGAAGCAGACGUGGUCUGAUCCAGAGAGCCCGCUGCGAGCUAUCUGCUUCUGAUUCCGCGCCAAAUGCCGCAAACAUCUCAGCUCUCGAACAACUCAAGAACUCUGCAGCUGACAGAUAUACAAAGGAAAGGAGCAGUAUUGUGGUGAUUGGACUAAGCAUUCACACAGCUCCUGUUGAGAUGCGUGAGAAGCUCGCUAUCCCAGAAGCUGAGUGGCCACGAGCUAUUGCUGAAUUGUGCGGUUUGAAUCACAUCGAAGAGGCUGCGGUACUCAGUACCUGUAACCGUAUGGAGAUUUAUGUUUUGGCUCUGUCUCAGCACCGUGGAGUCAAAGAAGUCACUGAGUGGAUGUCAAAGACAAGUGGGAUUCCGGUUUCGGAGAUUUGUCAGCACCGUUUCCUGCUCUACAACAAGGACGCGACGCAGCAUAUAUUCGAGGUCUCAGCUGGUCUUGACUCUCUCGUCCUAGGAGAAGGUCAGAUCCUUGCGCAGGUGAAACAAGUUGUUAAAGUCGGUCAAGGAGUGAACGGCUUCGGGAGGAACAUCAGCGGGCUGUUCAAACACGCGAUAACCGUCGGGAAGCGUGUCAGAACGGAGACAAACAUCGCUGCUGGAGCUGUGUCCGUUAGCUCAGCAGCUGUCGAGCUUGCUCUGAUGAAGCUUCCGGAAUCUUCACACGCCUCCGCUAGGAUGCUGAUCAUCGGUGCGGGGAAGAUGGGGAAGCUUGUGAUAAAGCAUUUGGUAGCGAAAGGGUGCACGAGAAUGGUGGUGGUUAACAGAAGUGAAGAGAGAGUUAUAGCUAUCCGUGAGGAGAUCCCAGGUGUUGAGAUUUUGUAUCGUCCUCUUGAUGAGAUGCUAGCUUCUGCUGCUGAGGCGGAUGUUGUUUUCACCAGCACAGCCUCUGAGACGCCGUUGUUCUUGAAGGAGCACGUAGAGAGUCUCCCUCCAGCUUGUCCAGAGAUCGGAGGAGUGAGGCUAUUCGUUGACAUCUCUGUUCCGAGAAACGUCGGGUCUUGUGUCAAUGAAGUGGACACCGCGCGGGUUUACAAUGUAGACGACCUCAAGGAAGUGGUUGCUGCUAAUAAAGAAGAUAGGUUGAGGAAAGCUAUGGAAGCUCAGACCAUAAUAGCUGAGGAAUCAAACCAGUUUGAAGCAUGGAGGGAUUCGUUAGAGACUGUUCCUACGAUCAAGAAGUUGAGAGCUUAUGCAGAGAGAAUCAGAAUGGCGGAGCUGGAGAAGUGCAUGUCGAAAAUGGGAGAUGACAUCAACAAGAAAACGACGAGAGCGGUUGAUGACUUAAGCAGAGGUAUUGUGAACAGAUUCUUGCAUGGUCCAAUGCAGCAUUUGAGAUGUGAUGGGAGUGACAGUAGAACGCUGAGCGAGACUCUUGAGAAUAUGCAUGCUUUGAACAGAAUGUACGGUCUGGAGAAGGACAUUUUGGAGGAGAAGCUAAAGGCCAUGACAUCAGGACAACAAAAGUAAAACAUAAGAAAGAUGUUCCAUCUCUUUUGACAUACAAAGAUUACACCUUAAGCUGGGGAUCUAUAUGAUUCAUUUAAUUUGUGUACAAGAGACUGUUUCUUCAGCUAACAUUAUAUAUCGUCGAAGUGUUGUGAAGAUAAGUGAGUUUUGUGCAUGUUUUGUGCUUCAUAGACUCUUGAGUGUAACGGUAUUGAUCCAUGUACCGUUACUCAUGUGUGAUGUAUAAACUUUGGCUCAUGCAGUAUAGAGAAAUGUGUUUUUUCAUUA